AAGUUAGGUAAGCGAGCAUCAUUAGGUGAGUUGAGAACGAAAGUUAGUUUCCUCUUAGAUUUCUCCAUUGUGACACGUGAGAUGGGAAAGAGCGAACUGGCGCGAUUUUGAAACUUGUUUGAUUGCUGGAGCUACACGGCAGCAUACAGGAAGAUUUCUUUUGUGUAAAGAGAACUUUCAUUCCGACCGCUUUUAUUAGAAGAAAUCGUCUGCUUUGCAUUUAAUCAAAAUUGGUUGUCUGUGUUCGUGAUGUGUUAAUGUUUGGAGUGCCCUAAUCUCAGGAAGUUUUGUUGACAAAUAAAACAUAUACAUCAGACAUUCUUCGAUUUUUAUCGCCAAAGAACCUCAUCAAAAUGAAGGGGUUUUAUAAUAUCAAAGAGCGGAAGAUGGCUGAUGAAAGUACUCAGCUUAAUCCAGUAUCUAGUCUUCUUGGGUACAAAUCACUAGACGAAAACAGUCAAUAUGGAACAAAAGAACAGCAUGUUAAUGAAGCAUAUGAAGAUGGUGAAAUACCAUAUGUUCCUAGAAUAAAUGAGUCAUCUGUUUCAAACCGCCUAGAAGUACCAAAUAUUAGGAUUAAUGAUCAACAUGACAGAAGUGCAUAUAUUGAAAGUUAUUUGUCACCUCCAGCUACUCCUUACAUUGAAAUAAAUCUGAAAGAAUCUGGUUUGCCAUUUAUGGAUAACAAAUUUAAUAACAGUAAGAGCUUAAAGAAUGGAAAUUCAAAUGGGUUGCCACCUGACAAAAAGGGUUCUGAAAAGAAGAAAGAAAAAGAUGAAGAUGAUCCCUUUAAAGAUACAAUUCCAUCAGUCUCAUUUAUUUCACUUUUUAGGUAUUCAAGUAAUGUUGAUAAAGUUCUCAUGAUUAUUGCAUGCAUUAUUGCCAUCACUUCUGGUGCUGCAAUGCCAACUAUCAUGGUCCUCUUUGGAGGUAUUCUUGAUAAUUUUGUUGAUCAUCAUAGGAUACAUCAUAAUCUCUCAGCUCUUAGCCUCCCACAAUCUGAUGGAAAUGAUACAUCAAGUUUUUCCAAUGAAGCCUUUCUGCAGGAUGUUGCAAAUCUAUGCUUAUACAUAUGCAUUAUAGGAUGCAUAGUUUUUUGCUUCAACUAUAUAAUGGUAAGUUUCUUCAGUAUGGCUGCUGCCAAUCAAGCCUUCAAAAUAAGAUGCAUGUUCAUGAAAUCCGUCCUGAGACAAGAUAUUGGUUGGUUUGAUACAAAUCAGACUGGUGACUUUGCAAGUCGUUUAACUGGAGAUUUAUCUAGAAUUCAAGAUGGAAUUGGAGAAAAAGUUGCCAUGUGCAUCAGUUUCAUUUCAGCAACUGUGCUCUGCAUAUGUACUGCUCUAUUUUAUGGUUGGAAAUUGACACUGGUGUGCUUGUGUAUUAUGCCAAUACUAUCAAUUGCUAUGGGUGUUAUAUCAAAGAUUCAAGCCGCUGUAUCUGGUGAAGAACUUCAGGCCUAUGGUGCUGCUGGUGCAGUUGCAGAAGAAGUUUUAUCAUCUAUUCGUACUGUAGUCUCUUUUGGAGGAGAAGAAAAAGAAAUUGAAAGGUAUAACCAGCGCUUAAUUCCUGCCAGUAAGAAAGGUGUUCGAAGAGGUUUGUUGACAAGCAUUGGUGCAGCACUGAUAUGGUUUUGUAUUUAUGCUGGAUAUGCUUUAGCUUUCUGGUAUGGUGUAAAAUUGAUUGUAGAAGGAAGAGAUCAAGAAGUGCCAGAAUAUAAACCAAGUACCCUUAUUAUUGUAUUUUUCAAUGUUAUGCUGGGAGCUAUGGGUAUUGGUCAAACAGCCCCAUAUUUUGAAGCAUUUGCACUUGCUCGAGGUGCGGCUGGAAAGGUUUUCUCCAUAAUUGAAAGAGUACCACCAAUUGACAGCAGUUCAAAAAGUGGAAAAAUGCCUGAAUCAUUUACAGGAACUAUUGCUCUCAGAGAUGUUCAUUUCAGUUAUCCUGCCCGUCCAGAUGUUCCUAUUUUAAGAGGUGUGACUUUAGAUAUAACUCCAGGUGAAACUGUUGCAUUUGUCGGCCCUAGUGGUUGUGGGAAAAGUACUAUUAUUCAACUGAUCCAAAGAUUUUAUGAUGCAGAUAAAGGCCGUGUCGAGCUUGAUGGGCAUAAUAUAAAAGAUUUAAAUGUUGGAUGGUUACGAGAUCACAUUGGUCUUGUUGGUCAAGAACCUGUAUUGUUCUCCACCACAAUUGCAGAAAAUAUUUGCUUAGGGAAACCUGGUGCAACUCAAGAGGAAGUAGAAACUGCUGCAAAGCUUGCAAAUGUUCAUAGUUUUAUUGAAGCACUGCCAUUAAAAUAUAAUACUCUUGUUGGUGAAAGAGGUACUCAACUGAGUGGUGGUCAAAAGCAAAGAAUUGCUAUUGCCAGAGCUUUGAUUAAAAAUCCCAAAAUAUUACUUUUGGAUGAAGCUACAUCUGCUUUAGACAAUGAAAGUGAAUCAAUUGUGCAGUCAGCUUUAGAUCAAGCUAGUCAAGGUAGGACAACUAUUAUAGUAGCACACCGACUAUCAACUAUUCGAACUGCUGAUAAAAUUAUAGCUUUAUCUGAUGGUAUGGUGCAUGAAACCGGAACUCAUGAAGAGUUAAUGGCUAAACAAGGAAUAUAUUACCAAUUAGUUAUGACUCAGACUAAAGAAACUGAAGAAGACGAUAAUGAAUCUGAUGAUGAUGUGUUCGAUGAAAGUGGACCUGCACUUGAGCGUCAACUAAGUAUUUUAAGUUCAGGAUCCUACAAUUCUGUGUCUUCUCUACCUAGACCUAGAACCAUGUCAGCUAAAAGUACUAGAACUAGAGCAAAUGCUGAAGCUCAGCCCAUAGAUGAAGAAGAUGAAUCAGAAAUUGAACCAUCUAAAGUUCGGUUAUUGAAAAUGUGUGCUCCAGAAUGGCCAUAUUUGUUAGUUGGUGGCAUUGCUUCCAUUAUUAUGGGUCUUUUCACUCCCAUUUAUGGCAUUGUGUUUGGUGAUAUUCUUGGUAUCCUUGCAGAACAGAAUGAAAGAAUUAUAUCUGACAUAUCAUAUUAUUCUCUUGCAUUUGUUGGAAUGGCAAUUUCAGCUUUUAUAGCUUGCUUUUUACAGACAUUUAUGUUUUCUCUUGCUGGUGAAAAAUUGACUUCAAGGUUAAGAAAGAUGGUUUUCACUACAAUAAUUAGUCAGGACAUGUCUUGGUUUGAUGACCCUAAAAAUAGUGUUGGAUCAUUAUGUACCAGGCUUACAUCAGAUGCAUCUAGUGUCCAAGGGGCUACUGGAUCUCGUAUAUCUACUGCUUUACAAGCUCUAUCUACUCUUGUUGCUGCUAUAGUGAUUGGAUUGUGGUAUAACUACAAAAUAGGAAUAGUUGUGUUAUGUUUUAUUCCAUUGGUUUUACUGGCUACUUAUUUUGAAAGUAGAGUUAUAAGUGGGCAUAUGUUGAAUGAAAAGUCAGGAACUGAAACUGCUUCAAAGAUUGCAAUUGAAGCUAUUGAAAGUAUCAGGACUGUUGCAUCAUUGCAUCAAGAAGAAUCAUUUUAUACACAGUUCCGUAGUGCUUUAUAUGAACCUCAUAAGAAAUCCAGGAAAAAUUCUCAGAUCAGAGGUGCUACAUUUGGUUUUGCUCAAAGUAUCCCUUCUUUUGCUUAUUCAACAUCAAUGUACUAUGGUAGUAUUUUAGUUGCAUCUGGAGCUUUAACAUAUCCUGAUCUUUUCAAAGUCAUUGAAGCAGUCAUAUUGGGAACAGCCAUGGUUGGACAAGCUGUAGCUUUUGCUCCAGAUUAUCAAAAAGCAAAAGUGGCUGCUGUUCGAAUUUUUAAACUUCUUGAUAUCAAACCUAAAAUUGAUGCCUUUUCAAAAGCAGGUCGUAUGCUGGAUGAUGUCAAAGGCUAUAUUCGUUUUAAAAAUGUACGAUUUAAUUAUCCAAGCAGACCAAAAGUAAAGAUCUUAAGAGGACUUAAUUUAGAAGUUCAGCCUGGACAAACUGUUGCUCUGGUUGGAAGCAGUGGUUGUGGAAAAAGUACUUGCAUACAAUUAAUAGAAAGAUUUUAUGAUGCUCAGCAAGGAGAUGUAAUGUUGGAUGAUGCCUGUGUGAAAGACAUGAAUGUUGCAAAUCUGCGAUCUCAUAUUGGUCUUGUAUCUCAAGAGCCAGUGUUGUUCAGUUACAGUAUUGCUGAAAAUAUUGCAUAUGGAGAUAACUCAAGACAGGUUGAAAUGGAUGAAAUCAUUGAAGCUGCCAGACAAGCUAACAUUCAUAACUUUAUCAAAAAUUUGCCUCAGGGUUAUGACACUCCCGUGGGUGAUAAAGGUGCACAGUUGAGUGGAGGACAGAAGCAACGAAUCGCAAUUGCACGUGCUUUGUUAAGAAACCCAAAGAUACUUUUGCUGGAUGAAGCCACCUCAGCACUGGAUGCUGAAAGUGAAAAAGUGGUUCAAGAAGCCUUGGAUCAGGCAAGCAGUGGCAGAACAUGUUUGGUUAUAGCUCAUAGAUUAACAACAAUUCAAAAGGCUGACAUGAUUGUUGUAAUUCACCGUGGACAAGUUGUGGAAAAAGGAACUCACCAAGAACUUCUGAACAAGAAAGGACAUUAUUUCAAUUUGCAUAAUGUGCUUGCAAGUUAAGGUUUUGUUUUUGGUAGCUGAAAUUCGAUUUGUAUUAUAAUGUACAAAAAUUUCAUUGAAUAUUUUAAAUCAUGUUUCAUAAAUUUUUUUUUAUUUUGUAUUUGUAAAUAUUUUUCUUAUUUAUGACUUUUAAGUUUUUUUGUGUUAUUUAAUGAAGAAGCCAAAAAAAUGAAAAAUUUAAUGCAGCUUUUAUAAUGAGUGAAGCUGGUCUUUUGAAUGACACACAAUUUAUUUUAAGACCAAUAUUUUUUCCACUCGACCUUAAAAAAAUUUUAAGAAAACAAAUGUCAAUUUCCAGAAGUAUAUUCCCUGAUUUCAGCUAUGGAUAUGAAAAAUUCUUAUCUUCUAUUUUUAUAACAGAGCAAAUUCCUUAGAGGGCUGUUUUCUUUGAGGGAAAAAAGUUAUGAAAAUGUUGAAGAUUUAUUCAACAUGUACUGUUUAGAAUUUCUUGUUUAUUAUGAUAAUUCUUUAAAUCCUUAGAAAAUAUGACAGUUUUAGCUUAGCUUAUCUUUUUCUUUCAGAUUAAUCAUGGUUUGGAAACAAAUAUCUGAAAAGUAAACGAAAGCUUUUGUAAAAUAUUGACUAUUGAUAUAAGAAAAGAUGAAAUCAUUUAAAAAUAUUCUUUUGUUAUUGAUUACAAAACCACAUCUUCAUUAGAAAUAUUAUUUAUAAUCUUUUGUGUUAUAUAUUUCUUCUAAAUCGACCUACAUUCAUUCAAUAUUCAUUUGCAAUGAAAAUUUAAGCUAUGUUAGUAUAAUUUUCAUGUAUAGAGAUCUUAUCUGAAAGAAUUAUUAAAUAUAAAUAUUGUUCUACUCCUUGAUUAGAAUAGUAAUCUUAUAAUGAGUUGGGAAAUGUUAAAAUUAUACUAAGUGUAAUUAAAUAGUAUGAAUAUCAAUUAGCUGCAUAAUUAUUCAUAUAUGAUUAUGAAAGUUUUGAUUUAUUACUUAAUUGACUGAGAAUGUUUCCAAAAUAUAAAUGUUAUGUGUAUCAUAUCUUGCACCGGCUGAAACUAAAUUUAAAAUAUUUGUGCUAAAAAUAUUCUAUAUCUCUUUGUGAAAACUACUAUAUUGUGAAUGUAAUGAUAAUGUUUGUUGAUAUUUUAUGUCUCUUAUCAAUUACAGUAUUUAAUAAUUUUUAGUGACACAGCUUCUCUCAUUUUGUUUUAAUUUAAUUUUUGUUUGUCUUGUAACUAAUGUGUCAAAUUUCAUCAAAACUUAAAUAAAAAUAUUAAUAUUUUUUUAUGUGUUUUAAGUUGAUUUGAUUUUUGUUCAUUAGUUUUUUUUUUAUGUAGAUAUCUCAUCUAACCAAUUUCCAUACAAGCAAAUAUUUAUUGCAGGUUUUUCUGAUAAUUUGAAUUUGUGGUAAUGAAAACUUUUCUUUAUUGCCUAGUGCCUUCAGAUUUAGUGGCUUUCAUAAAAUUAUAUAUUUUAAAUAAAAUAUACUUAAUAGAAUAUUUACAAAAAUAUUAAAUAUUUUAAAUUGUUAAUAAAUAUAAUGUGUAUUCACUGUUUUUAGAAUUAAGACUUUUAUAAAUAGUUAUCUUCACACUUAACUAUAAUAAUAAUUUUCAGUUUUUUUUUUUUUUUUUCUUAUAUUUAAUUUUAAUAGAAAUUUCAUAAAAUGUGCAUGUUUAAUCCUGAAACCUUUGAAAUUUUGUGAGAUAAUUCAUGCAACUUCUUUUAAUUUAUAUUUUUUUUCUUAUGCAUGUUGAUAAGCAAUUUCAAAUUAUUUAGUAUGCCCUAUAUAAAACAUCUAGUCGUUGAUGUCUUCUGUCAUAGCAAAUUUUCUAUAUCAUCUAUGAAGUUUGCUUUUUCCCAGACAGAAUUUCCUAGUUAUUAAUUUAUUAGCUGACAAACUGAAACAAUUUCUGAAAUUUUACAAAUAUUUUAUUUCAGCCAGAUAUUCUUGUAAAAUGUGUAACAUUGAGUACAAAAAUUCCUUUCUUUAAUUUUUGCUUAACAAUCGAUGCAUUUGUAUUUUGACAGCAAUAAAAUGCUUUGGUAAAAUAUUGGUAUAAAUGAUAAAUAGAUGAAAUAAUUGAUUUAUUAAAACUGUGUCUUUAAUUUUUUUUACUAAAACUAAAGAGUUAUUAUAAUAAAGAAAUUUAUAAAGAUGUAAAUUAUAUUUUUAAAAUAUUUAUAUCAUUUAUUAUUCUUGCUUGUGAAUUUUGAAACUUUUACUGCAUAUUUCAUGUACAAAUGUACUGUAAUGUAAUUUCUGAAUGCUCUAAUGUACUUGUAGGAUGUUCAAACCUGCACUAUUUUUUUAAUAAUAUUUCAAGUGAUUUAAGUGCCUGGUAUGACUUUUGUUGCCUUUCAUUGGAGCUUUAUGUGUCAAACAAUCAUGAAUAAAAUGCUUCAUUUCUAUUUUC